ACUCUUUGAAACACCCAUCAAGAUUGAAUUUUCUAAACACGUAUAGAUCUCUUCUCCAAUUAAUUUUCUUUGCAUUUUCUUUUUGAAACAAAGCCCUAGCUAAUUCGUUCUUAUUCACAUCUCUCUCUCUCACAAACACUCAUCCCAUGGCUCCAAAAGCCCUUUAUCUUCGACAUCCGAACUCGCCCCCACACCUUCUCCUCCAUCUCCAGCACAAAGGACCUCCAAAUGGUUAGCCUAACCCUCCGUGUCCUUUCUCGCCCCGAGGUCUCUUAAUUCCCCCGAAUCUUCCAAACCUUAGGCCUCGAAUACGACGAGAAAGUCCUUUCUUCGAUCAGCAAUGAAGUCCUCAAGGUCAUCGUCGCUCAAUUCAACGCUGCUUAGCUCCUUACCGAGCGUCUUAGCGUCUCCAUAUUGGUCCACGAGAGCUUGGUUCAUCGUGCUCGAUAAUGUUGCGAUCACGCACUUGUCGUAUGGGGUUGAUUUCUCCAAGGCCGUGGAACAGAAGUUGGUGGCGCAACAGGAGGCAGAAAGGUCAAAAUUUGUGGUGGCCAAAGCGGAGCAGGAAAGACGAGCAGCGAUUAUUAGGGCGGAAGGUGAGAGUGAAGCUGCGAAAUUGAUUUCGAAUGCGACUACAGCUGCGGUUGCUGCUGCUGGAAUGGGUUUGAUCGAGCUCAGGAUGAUUGAGGCUUUGAGGGAGAUAGCGGCGACGUUGGUGAAGACUCCGAAUGUGGCUUACCUGCCUAAUGCAAACAACAUGUUGUUGGGGCUUAAUCCUUCCAUGGCCUAUCGCUAAUUUGGUGAUUUCAGUGACCUCACACUGUUUUCUGUUUCAAUUCAUGAAUUCUUAAAAUUGGGCUUUAGGAGCUUAUUAUAUUGAUUAUAAUUGUUCUAACGAGCUGAAUAACGGUUGAGUUCAAAUAGACUUGUUUAUGUUUGACUUCAAUCUUCAUGGAAGUGUCAUUUAGUGAAUUCAUUUUUUGAUUUUGAGAUUUAUGUUGGCGUUAAAUAUGAUAAUUGGGCAUUGUUUUUUUUAUUUUUUAUUAUGAGACUAUUGGGCAUGCAUGUUCUUCUUGUGAUGAUCUCUUAAUCCUAAAAUAAAUCUAAUUUAAUGAGUAAAAACAAUUGCAUAAAAGAUUUAUCAUGCCUUGCUCUUGGAGGUUGCUAAAUCCAUGGUAUUUUUUACGGGUUCACAACCCUCCCUUUUGUACGAAUGAAUCCAACUAUGAUGAGAGAGGGGUCUCUAUGGAUCAGUUAAAGAAGAGUAUGGUUUAACAAUUUUCUUUUUUCAAUUUUGCCUAUUUGUUGUAAUUGAAUUUUUUGGUCCUUUUAUCAUUUUUAGUAGAGAAAUAAGUGCAAUAUGGUUGCGCCAAGCAUUAUUAUCAGUAAUUUGUAUAUAUCAUGUCUUGAAUUUUUGGUUGAUGUUUGACAUGUUUAUAUGGUGGCAUAUUUUUAUGUUCUCAAUUCUUUCCAGAUUAAAAACGCAAUCCAUUAUGUUUUUAAAUUAUUUGACAAUAUUUAGUAAUCGAAUCAUUUGACAAGUUGUGCAAGGGGAAGCAUUAUUUUUUGAUAAAUAAAUAAACUUUAUAGGUGCAAAUGUUAGUUGUUAGUUAGCCACCAUGCCUUCCUUAGGGAUUAGUCCUAAGGUGGUCAUGGGUUCAAUUCUCCUUAGGGGGGUUGAAUUAAGGGAGUGCAAGCACUUAAGUGCUUUGCUAAGGGUAAGGAGAUUUUCUCCUAUAGCUGCUAAUCUAACAACUAACAACUAACAACUAACACUUGCCGAUAAAAAAAAAAAAAAAAAAAAAAAAA